AGACCUAUGUCACUUAACGACAGGCCUCCGUUCGUCAUGAUGGAGACCAGUAUGGGCAAGAUCUGUUUGGAGUUGUAUUGGGAUCAUGCUCCGAAAACGUGUCGGAAUUUCAGCGAGUUAGCUCGGAGAGGGUACUAUAACGGAACGCUGUUCCAUAGGAUCAUAGCCGACUUUAUGAUACAGGGAGGAGAUCCAACCGGAACAGGCAGAGGUGGAGCUUCCAUCUACGGUGAUCGAUUUGCAGACGAGAUAUCGGAGAAGCUGAAACAUACAGGAGCUGGCAUCUUGUCUAUGGCGAAUGCAGGUCCAAAUACGAAUGGGUCGCAGUUCUUUAUAACCCUAGCUCCUACGCAACAUCUUGAUGGGAAGCAUACAAUUUUCGGACGAGUGGCGGCGGGAAUGAAGGUCGUGCAAAAUAUGGGAAAGGUUGACACGGACGGUCAAGAUCGACCGAGAGCGGAUGUACGGAUAAUAAAAGCGUUUCCCAGUGACGAUUCUCGCUUCACUUGA